AUGACCGUACCUAAAUCAACUGAAUUUUUCACAACGUUUCGGAUUUGUAUGCUUUCUGAAGGAUAUUUUACUAUUCAUCAUGGCCAUCGGUCAGCUCAAAAGGUUUCCGGACAGUCUUCGUUCGAAACCAUCCCUGAUGAGCUUCUCUCCGAGGCUUGUGAGAGGUUGGAAAUCCUUGCACGAGAAAAGGCGUCCAACCAUAAAGUCAGUGUUUGCUUUUCCAAAGACUUUGAUAUGAACUCUUACGAUCCGUCUUCGCGUUUUUUGUCGAAAAUAAAUUCAAUCUCGGAGCUUUCAUCUUCACAAUCAUGUGAGGAUUUGGAUAAAUUUGUUUCCAUCACCUUGUCUGGCUCUUCGGCGGCAUCAAUUGAGUCGUGUCAAAACGAGAUCAUUCAAGAGGCUAUUUUGAACGUUGGCGAAAAAUCGCCUUUAUUGUCAUACAGAAGGCUUCCUUUGCUUCAAGUUGGAGACUUUUCCAGCGAACAGAACCAGCAGGUCAGGGUAAGCAAAACUCAUUUGACCCUGUUUUCGCCUGCAAGCUUGAACCAUUUGCAUUCACGUCAGCUAUAUGCCAAAAUGCUGAAAGGCAAAGGAUAUAAAGCAUUUGUGUCGGAGCUUCCAGUUGAUGGAUUAGUCCAGCUUUUGGUCCAUUCUGGGCCCUAUCACCUUGCUCUUCAAUCUUUUCUUUUUGAAAAUAGCGAUGUCCACAUCCUUUUGCCGUGUUCUCUGAUUUUGUCCUCCAAUGCAGACCAGCUGAUAGUUUUGGAAAAGGAAGAUAGGGCCGAUAAAGUUGCAAAAAAAGCAUCGGCGGACUUUCUCAAGGCGUCAAAGAAAGUGUCAAUUGCAUCCAAAAAAUUGGUCUUCGACACAGUUGACCUAUUUUUCAUCCUAAAUUCUGCAGUUUCAAAGGCCAAGUUGGUUGAUCUCUUAUUUCGUCACGGCUGUGUGCUACGAAUAUUUGAAGCACCAACCAACCCAUCCAAGAAGCAUUGUUUGACGAUUUGUUUAUAUGGAGGCUCUAUGGAUAUCAUUGAAGAGGUUUCGCGAGAAAUAUUCACCCUAAUUUGCCAAUCCUCCAGCCAUUUUGAAGCUUCAGGCACCAAUUAUAGCAUUUCAGUUAAAAAUGCGGGCGGCUUUUGUUCCGUGUUAGAUUCGGAGAAUAUCAACGAUCCUAUUUUGAUCCAAUUUUCUGGCGUUCCUUCUCAAGCCUUCCACGCGGGCGAACCGAAUUUAUUGACCAUCAAUUCCCUAGUUUGUAAAGGAACAAAGGAUUGCUUGCUCAAGACUUUAUCGAACAUUGAGCCGCUCUUUUGCCAGUCAAGUAUUUUUUCUGCCGAUAUUUUUAAUUCGUCGUAUCAAGACAGGCAUUCAUUGCUUUCGAAAUCAUUGAGCUACUUGUCGCUCGCCAAUUUAUCGAUCGAUACUUGCUUUACAUACAGAAUUGGGACGCUCUCCCUUGAUUGCGAAUUUAUUUCCGGAAAAAAAGACGGAAAGUUAUCAAAGAUAUCUCGAGGCACCGGAUGUCAAGUUCUGAUGGACGUUCCUCAGGGCUGGAGAACCGACAUUAAAAUCACAUCUCAAAGCCUUCCUUUGCUGGUGAAGGCGGUUGAAAUGCUCGAGGGUGAACUCCCUGCAUCGUUGUCGUUUUUCGUUCCCGAUCAUCAUCACAAAAGAAUUAUCGGACACGGAGGAAAGCACAUCCAGAAAUGGAUGAAGCUGUUCGGAGUUUAUGUAAAGUUUUCCAACAAUAAUACCGGCAAUAGUAACCCGAUUAUUUUAACCCAUCCAAACGAUGGCAAGAAGGGGGCCGGGGGAGCGGGGAGCGACAUAUUUUUCCAAAAUAUCCGGCCAAACGUCCUUAUUCGAACACCAGCAAAAAAUAUACAUGCUCUAGCUCAGAUGAAAUCAGCCAUUCUCGACUUGGCAGGCGAGGAAGACCAAACUCUGGGUGUGUUUGCGAGUCACAGCCACAAGACGGCUGAAGCUUCAAAUUCUUUUUUCAUCCCAUCACUGGUACCGGAGGUUUCUAUUACCGGGAACACUGCGAGUUCGCUCCACUUUUACGUUGCACUUUUAAAACAAAUUGAGACCACCUCCGACUUUGAUGCCAACCAGAGGAGCAUCAAAACUGCCAAUGUUGACGUGCCAAAGCCAGAAAUCUGCCAAUAUCCGCAUGAUUUUUACCUUCAAGAGUGUGUAGAACAGGAGCUUGAAGCAUCUAUUGAACUAUUGUUUGAAGACGGCGGGCUAGAUUCGAUUAGCUCCUUCAAAUUAUCAAAGUCGAGUCUUUUGGCGAUGGAAAAUCUUGGAGCAAAAAAUGCAAAUAGCAGUGUGAAUGACACCCGAUUCAACCUGAAAGACUUUUCAAUGACCAUCAAUGCAACUCCAGCUCCAGCUCCAACCCCAUUCCAAUCUCCAUCCUCCUCAAAGUUCCCCGCAAUAUCACGGCCCGCAUCAACAACAGUCCCUAAUACCAUUUUUCCAUAUCCAUUUUCCAUAGCUAAUCGCAAGGGUGAAGACUAUUUCCACUGGGAUUCUCUCCUGGGGUUUGGCAGGGCGUCGAUGUCAUUGGGAGGGACCGUCUCACCUAUCUCCUCGACUCGGAUUUCGUCAUCCCCAAUCCGACCUGUAUAA